AUGAGGUUGGAUUUUCUUCGUAGAGAUGAACUCAAGAGGGCCUUCGGGCAAUUCGCCACUCUAAUUUACCCUUCCCUGGCCCAAAGCCUGGAAUUAGUUUCACUCCCCUUGGUGCUUCUGCUAGGAGACCUGCUUGCUAUUCUUUCCUCUGAAGACUUCAAGGAGAGGAACCUGGGAGGGGCUGGAGUUGGGAUGAGUCACUGCCUUGAGGCUUACUUAGCAUCAGCUCCCAGGCUGAGAAUUCACCCCUCUGCAACCCCAACCCUGGAGGAGCUAAGGUGCAGCAGGCUGCCCAGGAGAAGCUCUCCUCCAGCCAUGGCCCUGUGCCUUGCACCCUUGCUGGUCCUCCUCUUGGCCGGGUGUGGUGCCAUGGAGGAACAGAGGGCGCCGGGCUUCCAAGGCUGUAGGCAGACCCUGAAUAUGUCCGUGCUGGGGGCGCUGCCAGGAGGUGGCUGGGACAACCUGCGCAACGUCGAGCUGGGGCUGGUUCUCAGGAGAGACUAUUGGCAGUGCCUCACCACCGAGGACGGCGAGUACCUCAUCCCAGACCGCGUGCAGGUGGUCCUGCGGCGGGAGAGUAUAGUGGAGACCCGCGCGGGGCUCAUCGACCACUGGGUCAACUACACCGACACCUGGGCCGCCUCCAUCAACACUGAGCUCUCCUUCCUCCCCAACCUCAAUGGUCAGUUCUCCGUGGACUGCCAGAACGUCAGGAAGUACAGCCUGGAGUACCAGACGGUCACGACCAGGGGGCAGACCCGCCACGGCAUCUAUUCUGUGAAGGCCCCGGAGAACCCCGACUUCCAGCCCGACUUUCUGCGACAUCUGCUGACCCUCAGCGACCACCUGGAGAACAACCAGACCCGGGAGGCCGAAUACCUGGCGGAGAUGCUUGUGCUUAGGUACGGCACGCACGUACUCACCGACGUGGAGGCCGGGGCUGCCUUGGUGCAGGAGUACCAGGUGAGGCGGGAGCUGGUGGACAGCGAAGCCCGAGACAAGAUCAACAUCACGUACGCCGCCUCGGCCUUGUUUUUCCACGCGGUCAACGCUGGGGAUGGGGUUUCCUGGCAGGUGCAGAGCCGGCUUCUCCAGAACUACGGGCGGAACACGGUGGUCUCCAAGAUGCACAGCCACGGCGGUGUGCCCUUCUACCCGGGCAUCACCCUGCAGAAGUGGCAGGAGGGCAUCGGCAACCGGCUGGUGGCCGUCCGUAGGUCGGGCCCGCCUCUGCUGGUGCUGCUCCAACUGGAGGCGUUGCCCGAGCUCCCAGAGGCCCGCGUGGCAGCCGCCAAUGUGGACGAUGGUUCUUGCAGAGGCCGCUGCCGCGGAGGCUGCUGCCGCUGCUUCGGCGCUGUCUUCCAGGAAUGCGAGGCCGUGUCCGGGCGGCAUGCCGAUCACCUCUGCCGGGCCUAUCGCGUCCCGAACCCGCUCACCGGCAAAGCCUCUUGCCCGGCCAACUACACGGCCAGCGCCCGGAGCGGCGGGCUGAAGACGUGGAGCGAGGCCGGCCCUGAGUGCCGGCAGCACUGCCGAAGGUGCUGGCUCUUCUUCCGAUGCUGCUCGACAGUGUGCGCCACCCAUGAGCCUCGGAAUGCCGUGAGCCUGGCUGCCUCCUGGUGCGCGCCCUCGGGGGCCUCCCUGCCCGCCUCUGCGGGCCUCCUCUUUGGAGGCCUGUAUAGCCCUGGCAACCCAAACCCGCUCACUGGGUCCCAGGCCUGCCCCUCCCACUUCUACCCACUGACACUCUUUGGCGACCUCAAGGUCUGUGUCAGUAGCGACUCAGAGCUGGGUACAGCCCAGGCAGUCCCCUUUGGGGGUUUCUUCAGCUGCCAGGCGGGCAACCCCUUGGCUGGCCUUGUAAAGGACCAGAGCCCUGGGCUCAUGAAGGAGGUGUUCUACCGGGACAGCCCCACGGAUUUCCCCAUGAAAUGCCCAGCAGGGUACAGCCAACACCAGGCUUACCUCAGCGAUGGCUGCCAAAUCCUCUACUGCCUCAGGGCUGGGGCCCUCUUGGACCAGCAACAGGCAGCUGUUCGGAUGCCCCCAUUUAUUCCCCGCCCCCCCUUGCUCAACAGAAGCAGCACCCACAGGCUCUCUGUCCUGGUUGACUCCAGUGGUCAGCGGGUCUGGGUGAGGCUGCAAGGCUCUGACCACUGGCAGCAGGCCAAUAUUAAUGACCCAUCCCUGUCAGCCAAGCUCUUGAGCCAGGCUGGCUUGGGACCCAGCGUUGGGGCCAUUGUUGGCUCCUGGGUGGGUGCCACGGUGGCCUUGGUGGCUCUUGCUCUGGGGGUAAGCUGUGGCUUCAGGUUCUAUAAGAAAGGGGGUUACAGGAGACUGCAGGAAGGCAUCCUGACAGAGGAACAGAGGGCCUAUGGGGCCACAGAAACCACUGAGAACCCAGCUCGCUCUGAAUGCAUGCAGAAUGACAAGAAUGCCGUCUAG